GAAAACUGUACGGGCGGUGAAAUUUCAUCCGCCCAUAUCAUUUGUUUUAAUAAAAGAGAGCUUAUCCUCUCACGCCGCUUUUCACCGUCUCCUCCCUCGCAGUCGAGCUGAUUUUGACAACCUUCGGCACAGCACCAGGCAACCGUGCCUCGCCCAUCCGACAUCUUGGCGAGUCCUUCUGCUGCUCCUGCUGCUAUAUUAACAAGAGGAGGUGGAAGAAAGUGCGUCGUUUCGCGAGCUGUGUCCUCUUCGACUGUGGAGUUUCCUCUCAAUAGGGAGGAUACCGAGUAUGCAUUCUUGUGGAGGGAUCAUUGGUAUCCUGUGUCGCUGGUGGAGGACCUCGACGCUCACCUCCCCACGCCAUUCCAGCUACUUGGCAGGGAGAUAAUCCUUUGGAAGGAUAGAGAAGAACAUAAUGGAGCUUGGAGCUGGAGCCAUUCUAGGGAUGAACAAUACUGUUCAAGUGUGCAAUUGCACCACCAAAAUAAGUUGCUUUCAGGUGGUCCAUUUUCCAUCCUCAAGGGUUGGUUUCUUUAAGCCUAUAAGGCGCUGUCAAAGGCAUCAAAGUUUCAGAAUCUGUGCAAAAGAUGCAUCUAUAUCUGAAGCAGAGUUGAAGAAGGUGUCGCUUGCGCAUAAUGACAACCUUGGUUUAUCUAGCUUGACAGCAGUUUCUCCCUUGGAUGGGAGGUAUUCUGAGAAGGUUAAGGAGCUGCGCUUCUUUUUCAGUGAAUAUGGCCUCAUUCGAUACCGCGUGUUGGUUGAGGUCCGAUGGUUGCUGAAACUUUCUGAAAUACCUGAGGUCAUAGAGGUUCCCAACUUCAGUGAUGAGGCUAAACUUUUUCUGGAAAACUUGGUCUUGAAUUUUAGUCCAGAUGAUGCUUCAGAAGUGAAGAAGAUAGAGAAAGUUACUAACCAUGAUGUCAAGGCAGUAGAGUAUUUUCUAAAGGAAAAAUGCAGACCUCACGUCGAGGUUGGGAAGGUGCUCGAGUUUUUCCAUUUUGCAUGCACAUCUGAGGAUAUUAACAAUCUGGCCCAUGGGUUGAUGUUACGGGAUGCAGUUAAUCUUGUCAUGUUGCCUAUAAUGGAUGAGCUAAUAUAUGUCAUGUGUGACAUGGCUACAAAGACUUCCAAUAUUUCAAUGCUGUCCCGCACCCAUGGUCAGGCAGCUUCGCCAACUACUUUGGGGAAGGAAUUGGCAGUUUUCAGCUUUAGACUGAACAAUCAGAAGAAGUUGAUCGCCCAAGUAAAAUUGCUGGGGAAGUUUGCUGGUGCUGUUGGUAACUAUAAUGCCCAUCUUGUUGCUUAUCCUAAUAUUGAUUGGCCUAGAAUUGCAGAAGAGUUUGUGGAAUCUCUUGGAAUAAGCUUCAACCCAUAUGUUACACAAAUUGAACCACAUGAUUAUAUUGCAGAGCUUUUCCAUGCUAUUGUCAGGUUCAACAAUAUCUUGGUGGAUUUUGACCGAGAUAUUUGGGGAUAUAUAUCAUUAGGUUACUUUAAGCAGAUAACCAAAGCGGGUGAAGUUGGAUCUUCAACAAUGCCUCACAAGGUCAAUCCUAUUGAUUUUGAGAAUAGUGAAGGUAAUCUGGGUUUAGCUAAUGCUGUUCUCAACCAUCUGAGCAUGAAGCUGCCUAUUUCACGCUGGCAGCGAGAUUUAACUGAUUCAACAGUUCUAAGGAAUGUAGGAGUGGGAUUAGGGUAUUCUCUUCUUGCUUAUAAGAGCGCUCUCCAGGGUAUUAGGAAACUUCAGGUAAAUGAAACUCAGAUACUCAAGGAUUUGGAGCAGACAUAUGAGGUUCUUGCAGAACCAAUACAAACUGUGAUGAGGAGGUAUAAUAUUCCUGAGCCUUAUGAAAAGUUGAAGGAAAUGACAAGAGGGAGGACUGUUACACAGGAGAGCAUGCAAGAGUUUGUUAAGGGACUGGAGUUGCCAGAUGAACCCAAGUCUAUUCUUCUGAAUCUUUCUCCUCUCUCUUAUAUCGGUGCAGCAGAGGAGUUGGCAAAAUCUGUUCGUACUGCCAUGGAUUGAGCAAUAAUUCUGGGGUGUGAUAGUUCACAGUUGCCAUCUAUUUGAAACUCUACUCUUACGUUGAACCGAUCAGAUCCAUGCAUCAAUGAUAAUGCGGCUCGUGCAACUCCACUUAGUGGGAAAUCUACCAUCUCAAUUUUAAAGGGCGAAGUUUUGUCCCUUAGUGCGGCCACUUUUUUUCAUAUGUUUCAUAUAUUGAUGAGCACAUAGUGGAGGAGCUCUCCCUGUGUACAUCGUGCUUAUUUGGGCCAAAUGCUUCAUAAUUUAUUGUUGAAUAAUUGAAAGAUAUUUGGAAAGAAGAUUUUAAAAUCUUCA